UGCCCAUCUGUGGUUGUUAUACCAAUUUUGUUUCAAUUGCAACGUCAUUAACAGUUGUGCGGAUAACACCUGAAUUCCUACCUUCGACUAACUGAAUCGUUAAUGAACAACUCCGAAGUAUAAAUAACAGUGAUAUGAUCUUAUUGAGGACCAUCAUUUACCUCUCCGCCAUCCUCUUUGCCUACUCUUUCCUCUCCAUCUUCAUGCUCAUGGCAUCACAAGAGAAAACCCAUUUCUUGUCGGGUGGCAUGUUCAACCGAUUCACAAUUCAAAGGGAUCUUCAACUGAGCUGUUUGAGGUUCCGUAAUUCUGAAAACCUCAGAGAGUUUAUUCCUGAAGAUGUCCGUGAGUCGAUGCUGGAGCGGUGCCGCUUAGCAGAGCAGAAACUAGCACUUGUAAUGGUUGCUGAAGAAUCAAAGACUGUCCUGGAGAAGAUUGUGACCAUGCUCGUGGAAUUUCAAAUCAUUCUAAGGUUACUCUUGUUGGAUGACCCUCAGGAUCUGAUCCCACCUGAGAUCAUUUCGGAGAUCAAAUUGAUUGACCGGAGUCUCAAGGUCAUUUCAGGAAAAGUGGAGAGCAUGGCCUCAAGAUCUAACGAGCAACUGAGGAGGGACAUGGAUUCUUGGUCUUAUCACGUCCAUGAUGAUCUGGAGCAACUUCAACAUCCAACGCAAUGUCAAAACAGCACCGGGCUUGUCUUGUGCGAUCUUGGACCUCAUGAACCGCCCGAUUCUCUGCCUUGGAAAUUAAAUCACGUCGUUGGAUGUCUGGUUCAUGGGAUCCUUAGUAGCCGGAGGGUAGUAAUCCCCAACCUGGAGGGCCUCUCUCUCAACCCACUGAUUUCAGGAUUGGUCAAUUGCCCUCCGGACGUCGACCUGGAGGGCAAUGCCAAUCUGGAGGCGCCAAAACUGGACUCAGAUAUGCGGCAAAGGCUCCGGCGACCUUUUUUGUGGUACGCAGGCGCUGUAACAAGAUAUAUCUUAAACAAAUUGGACAAUAACCUAAAAAAUGAUCUAAAAGUCAAAGCAAAGAAAAGCGGGCUUGCCGUUGAAACCACACAGAGAAGGAUGCCAUUAGUAGAAAAAACCGUUGCUGGUGUGUACCUUCCUUCAACGACCUCUUCACUGCAUAUCUGCUUUCAAAUGGUGGAAAACUAUUUCCAACGUUGGGAGGUUCAACUCCAGAAAUCCAUCGAAAGAAAAGUGCUCAUUUUGCCAGGGAGGAUUGAACACCUGGAAAUUAUACGUGCCAAUUAUCCUCAUUACCAUGUAAUCGAGGGCGAUUUCUAUGGACAAACUGCCGACAAGUUUUCCAUGUGUGAUGAAGGUGCAGGAAACGGCUCAAGGAAAUGCAAUCAAGCCACCAUCUUCAACUUAAUGGCCUUGGCCAAUGCCGAUUUUUUUGUGGGCACCCUAUCAGACGAAUUCGGACGGUUAGUUUAUCAAUUGAGAGCUGCCAUCCAUCCAGACGCCCGGAUCACUAGUCUAAAUUAUGACCCAGGUUCCUGGUAUCACCAUGGACUUGGAGGACCCGACCCCGUGACUGUGAAUGGAAACUAUUCCACGAGGGUCUGGGAAAUGGAGACCACUUAUGGGGAUGUGAUUGAGCCCACACGUGGGGAGGAAAUACCAAGGUCAGCUGAACAUGGCUCCGGGAAAUUUGGCAUAGGAGUGUCUUAUGGCACCAACUUGGCCACGAACAGAAGUGGAUAUAUCAGCACAUUUAAAACUGAAUAACUUCGUUUGAGUACAGUUGUGCCAAUUUGGUUUUGAAUCAAUCAGAAAUACUGCUUCCUCUUCUCUGCCAAAGUAGUAGUGAAGUCCAACCAAGACUCUGAAAAACAUAAAGGGGUCGGGGAUAGCCCAAAAUAUGAUAUAUUUUUUUGUAUUUGGGGCGCUAGGGUCGGAGGGGUAACCUCGCCCGGCCAGCGAAGCUAGCCAUCACAUCAUCCGUAUAAAGUUCCGAUAGGUAGUGUCGUAGUGCGUAUCAGAUUGGUUCUCCGUCUGUAGGCGUGGUUAGCGUCUAC